AUAAACAUUAAGAAAUAAUAAAAGAAUAUGACCCAAGUGACAGCUUUCGGUCCAACCCCAUUGAAUAGGGUCACAAUUUUUAAAUAAACUUUUUUUUUUAUUUCCCCUUAGUUUUACAAAAAUAAAAAUGCAUUAAAAUAAAACCCGAUGUAUCACAGAAUAAAAAGGCACAACAUUUUUUUGAACAGCCAUUUGAAAAUCAAUGUGUCCGGUCAGAAAGAGGGUCCAGUAAGGGGCCCGAGCUCCCAAGAGGCCCAGGCCCCCACUGCACCCCCCUGUGGCAGUGCCAGCACAGAAGCAGAAGAACGCUGUAUAAACAGUGAUCUUCCGCUUCCAGGGCAUAAUUUCGCUAAGAGCUCAUCUUACAAACAAGUCUAUAGUGAAAUGUGGAGCUUGGCUGAUUUGCAGAGUGAAGAACCAUUGGCUCCUCACCCUGUCAAUCACUCUUGUGGCCAGCGGCAAUAUACAGGCCACUGCAAGAGGUCCGAGCAUCCUUCCUAUGCGCACUGUGCUCAUUUUGCACCGGAGCACAAACCAGAGGAGAAGAGCGGCCAAGCUAAGCUGGAGCAAGGUCUACAGGUGGGUAUGUUUUUUUUUUAUCACUGUCUAUCGGGGGCUACGAUCAAUACCUAAAGGGGCUACUAUUACCACUACUUAAAGGGGCUACUAUUACUACCUAAAGAAGGUUACUACUACCUGAAAGGGACUGCUAUUACUAGCUGAACAGGCUACUAGGCUACUACUGCUACCUAAAGGGGACUGCUGCUAUUACAACCUUAAGGGGGUCUGUUUCGACUUUGGCUACCUAAAGGGGCCUGCUGCUACUACUACCUAAAGGGGGCUGCUGCUAAUAAUACCUAAAAGGGGGCUGCUGCUAUUUCUACCUAAUGGGACUGCUGCUAAUAGUAUCUAAAGGGAGCUGCCGAUAUUACUACCUAAUGGGACUGCUUCUAAUAGUACCAAAGGGGAGCUGCUGCUGUUAAUUCUACCUAAAGGGGGCUGCUGCUAUUACUACCUAAAGGGGACUGUUACUGCUACUUCCUAAAGGAGGCAACUACUACUACUACUCAAAGGGAGCUACUACCACUACCUAAGGGGGUGCUGCUACUACUACCUAACGGGGAAUGCUACUGAUACUUCGUAAAGGAGGCAACUACUACUACUACUACUCAAAGGGAGCAACUACCACUACCUAAGGGGGUGCUACUACUACUACCUAAUGGGGGCCUACCAACUCUUACCUACUUAUCUACCCUUUCUAUUAUUACUUUUUGGAGCACUAUAGGUGCAGGAAAAGUGCGCUGCCUAAAAUGUUUGGCAAGUUCUUAUGGAGACAAGCUGUGAAAGAAAGAAAUUGGCAUGACGGUCUGGGCCGGAUGGAGAAGAUAAAGGAAAGGGAACAACUCCAACUAGAGAAGACGUCACCCAAUGUAACUAACAUUAUGAUCUUUACGACUACAAGGAUGUGUACAUAGGAUUACAUCACACCUGGGCAUUUCUUAUAAGAAGCGAAGAACUCCAUCUCCUCCAGUCACUGACACCGCAGGAGCUCAGCAGCUGAAUCUGUAACAGGUUUCUAUAAGUCUCAGCACAUUCUCUGAGGAGGAUCCGGGACGCUGUAGAUAAAGAUGGUGUUGGCAGUUUUGAUGUUCUUCUCUAUGGUUGUAUUUACUCAAGGUGAAAAAAAAUGCUACGAGGAUUUAGGCUGCUUCACCAACGAUUACCCGUAUUGGUCACUGACUCGGCCGGUCUCCAUCUUUCCACAAUCUCCGAAGUCAAUAAACACCCAGUUCUUCCUGUUCACACAACAAAACACCGACCAAUAUCAGGUCGUCAGCGCUAAAAAUCUCUCCUCCAUUGAACAAUCGAAUUUUGACGGCAGCAGAAACUCUGUGUUCAUCGUCCACGGAUACACCGAGAGCGGCAGUGACCCCUGGCCUAUGGAAAUGAGUCAGGCAAUUGUAAGAAGGGAGAAUGUCAACUGCUUCAUCGUGGACUGGAGCGGAGGAUCCAGCGCCAUCUAUUUCCAGGCUAUAAACAACGUCCAGGUUGUCGGGGCAGAAAUUGCCAAUUUUAUCAACACUAUUGUGAAACAUUUUAACUCUUCUCUGUCUGGAAUACACAUGAUCGGUCACAGUCUCGGGGGCCAAGUGGUUGGUGAAGCUGGAAAAAGGCGACCGGGGAUUGGGAAAAUAACUUGUCUGGAUGCAGCUCGUCCUGGAUUUGAAGGAGAAUCUAAUGAAGUCACAAUUGAUCCUUCCGAUGCCGAUUUUGUUGUGGCCGUUCACACAGAUGCAGGUCUGAUCGGGCUCGGGAUGACAACAUUAAUUGGUGACAUGGAUUUCUUCCCAAAUGGAGGAAAGCAAAUGACAGGAUGUGCUGGGAGCCAGAUCCUGAACUUGGAGGAAUCUGCGAACCUUGUGGGCGCGGCUCGAGAUGUUGCUUUGUGUAAUCACGUUGCCUCCUACCACAUUUUCAUAUCAGCCAUCCGCAAUCCUGAGGGCUUUAUGGGUUACUGUGCUUCCACCUACAGCUCAUUCCAGGAGGGCGCUGGAUUCCCCUGUACCGGUGACAGCUGCUCCGUAAUGGGCUACAACACCAAACCAGGAGAUACGUCAUCCUGCCGGACGUACUACCUGAAUACGGGACCGCGACCCAAUUAUGAGCGCUGGCGAUACAAUGUGGCUGUGCAGACCGGAGGCACCUACAACUUCAUAGGAUCUAUCACCAUCACUAUGUACAACUCUUCUGAUUCCUCCGAUGAACACAAAAUACACAGUGGAUCUAUAAAAGGCGGCAUGUCGUACUCCGCGUUUAUUGAUGGCCGCUUCCCUCCACCUAUUGCCCGGGUGACUUUUAGCUAUCCAAAGAUUCUUACUGCAUUAUUGAGUCCAACCCUGUGGGCGGAGUAUGUGACAGUGACGUUGGGGAAUGAUGGAGCUGGGUACACGUUCUGUAGUGAUGAAACUACAAAAGAAAACAACCCCCAGACGCUGACCCCGUGUCAAUAACCCACCCACAUGUCAGAGAGGUGGGCACCACCAAUAAAGUCACAGAAUAAGAACUCA